AUGACUUAAGCAUAAAGCAAAGCAUAGAAUAAUUUUAGGAUAAAAUUCAAGAAUUAUAUCAAAUCUUAAGACAUUUUUGGUCAUCAGAUAUCAUUUACCUAUAAGAAUAGUAGUACUUUCAAGUCCUUUCUUGGAGGAAUCGUUACUUUAAUCUUCAGAAUUGCAGUCUUAGUUUACCUAGUAACUGAAUUGAUAAAUGCAAUGCAGAAGAAAAGUACUAUUUCUAAUUCCACGUAUAUUAGAAACAUUGCAGAAGAUUUUACUGUCUAUGAAAUGACAAAUCAAAAGUUUGAUCUUGCAUUCUAAAUUCAACUAGAUGGAGCUUAUGCACCUUAGGAUUUAAGCAAAUUCCUAGAGUUUACUUUUUCAGAGAUAGGCUUUGAAUGGGCACCUGAUGGGAAAUCUUAUAAGUAAAAUUAUAGAGAAAUUCCACUAAUUAGAUGCCCUAAUGGAAGAUUUAACAAUGAAACUAUUUAGACUGACAACAUAAAGUUAACAGAGAGCUAUCUAUGUCAUCAAACUAUAGAUUUUAAGUUUAAAGUUGCUUAGAAGAAAAAUAUAACAUGUGGUACCGAAGCUGAAAUUAACUCAGUGUUUGAUAGAUUAUCUAUUAAUGUUGGAUUAAUGAAUCAAUUCGUGGAUGUCAAUGACAAGUCAUCUAAUCCGAUUAAGACUUUGAUAAAAAGUUUAUACAUGACUAGUAAUUCAAUUUAACAGACAAGAAAAUAUGGGCAUAUUCUUGUUACUUUGACAACUACAAGAGUAGUGUACACAGUUGCAGAUGCUCUAUCAACAACAGGAGGUUUUCUGGGAAUAAUAUCUAUCAUUCUAAACUACCUAUUAUGCUGGUUUCAAGUCUCUAUGUUCUAUCAGUCUAUAGUACAUGAUAUGUUCUUUGUAGAAAAGUAAAAUGACAAGAAGAAAGUAGGAAAAAGCGAUAAAAGUCAAACUAACUUGAAAUUAUUCCCAAGUUUAGAAUAAAAGAAGAGACUGUUUUAGAUUGCAAGAAAAAAGAUAGACAAGAGAUUAGAAAUAGAGAGAAUAUUUGAAACAAUGAAGACGGCAAGCCUUCUUAACAAGAUUAUUCUAUCAAAGUAUUAAAGAAAGCUUACUCCUUUUUUUAGAUCUAGUCUAGUAAGAAGUAAAGUAGAUUUAAGUGACAUUAAAAAGAUUGAUUAAAAGCUGUAAAUGGGGAAUAAAAAAGAAGAGGUAUCUGAAUGGCCAUCAAUGUCUAAAUUACUGAGAAAAUAGGUGAAUAAUAUUGAUCUAAAGUACAGGGAUGAUAGCAAUACUCAAAAUAAAACAGAAGUUUAAGAUCUGAUGGAGCAAACCAGUUAUGACUAAGCCUUAAAUUCUUAAUUUAGAGUUAAUGAUUAGAAUGAUUCAACUCCAAAAAGACAUAAUUUGAGAAACUCAUCAUAGUUUUCAAUUUAAAACGAAGACGAUUUAUUUGUCGAAAAGAUUAUUAGUGAUGAGAUUAAACAUAUGGAGAGUAAUAUUGAUAUGUCAUUGAUAAAAGAAUAUGAUUCUGUUAAAAGCAAAUAUAACUCUCAGUUCAAGAAUAAUUGA